UAAUGUUGGAACAACAUCUUGGCGUCGGGGACAAGAAUCGCAGCGUUCCACUCCCAGUCCACGACGUUAUCGAGAUUUGGAUGUUACUGUACCACACACUGCACCUGUUUCUCCUCAACAUGAACCGCACGUGACUGCCUAUGGCAAGGAUCGUAGACGGGCCUUUGGUAAAAAUCAACGACGUGUUAAAGCCUCUAGUACCCCAGCUCUUCUUGAUCGGGAUGAUGACGGUCGACGUUGGUCAGGCGAUGAUGAUGAUGAUGAUGAUGACGAAGAAAUUCGAGGAAGUCAUGUGACCACUGAACAUCCCCUAGCCGAGGCCUCAAUUCCUCUGGUGUCUCAUUCACAUCUACAGGAAACGGCAAAUGUUACGCCUGCUGUAGUUAUUAAUAAUAAUAAUAAUAAUAACACCACCGGAAGUCAGACCCAUCGAACUCAUGUUCCAAAUCAACAAGAAAGUGUUUUACAAAAAUUUCGUAAAAGUUUCUCAUUAAGAUUUCAUAAAAAAGGCAGUAAAGAAAGUACCGAGAGUGAAUGUCCACCAGAAUGUAACGAGGGUUCUAUUAAUCUCGACGAGGAUGAUGAUCGUCAUUUGCCACCAAAUUCCGAUCAAUCACAACAACAUAAAGAGGAUUCUGGAAAUGAUCAAAGGUUCAGGUUUGGACCUCUUGUUUGGAGAAGCAGUAAGGAGAGAAAAAAAGGAAGCAAAGCAGCGAGAAGCGCAAAAUGCAACAGCGGCGACAGUGGAAUUCAAAUUGAGAUGGUAUCUGGUGGUGCGUUGACUGGGGGCAGUGUUGGUGGAAUAAUGGGAGGUGGUGACAGCUCUGAAUCUCAUGAUACCGAUGUUCCUGAUGAAACGGACAGCCCACCAGCCGCGAGAAGGCGAGUUGCCGAUAAAUCACGACCCCAGUCCGAGCUCAUUAACCAGAUACUACUAGACAAAUUAAAGGCGGAUCUACAGAGCAGGACAACGAGGCAUCACAAUGUAAGACGGACAAAUAGUGAUUUAGGAGGACAAAGACUCCUUCAAUGGGACACACGUUCUGGAUAUAGUCAUGUUCAUAAUUACAGAAGAAUGCUGUCAACACCAUCACCUAUAAAGACAAGACCACCGAGACUGAGUCCAAGGCACUCCGAUAUUAUUACACUAAGAAGUAACGCGAAAGGGAGGUGUUCUCGGACAAAUUUGAGACGUUCUCUCAGUCAACCAUUGGGUAUCAAUCAACUUUCUCCAUUGAUGCGCACUAAAACUGCAGGUGCGAGAUUACCCGGUGGUAAUGUAUUGUCUGAGGACGAACAAGAUGGAAAAGGUGGUACUUCUGACGAUGAGAUGAUGUCUGAUUCAGAAUCGUCCAUUGCCUCUUUAACGGAUAGAAAAAAAUCCUUUGAACAAACAAUGGACGACGAAAUGGUUAUUUUGGCGGAGGCGGUUUGGGAUCAUAUUGCCAUUGAACCUGAGGAACUUGCUUUUCGUGCUGGUGAUGUUAUUGACGUGAUGGAUACAAUGGAUAAAGAUUGGUGGUGGGGAAGUUGUCGUGGAAAAUAUGGAUGGUUUCCCGCUGCUUUUGUGCGGCUUCGAGUGAGUCAGGAAGAUACGGUGGAAGAUUGUUUAGCAGCAAUAGCUUCAGGCGCAUCAUCAAAUUCACAAUUAAGAAGACGCACGAGUAUUUCUUUGCUCUCGAAUGAGCAAGUGAGAACGAGCGUUGUUCGUGAACUUGUACAAACUGAACGUGAUUUUGUCAAAGUACUUAAAGACGUUGCCGAGGGUUAUAUCGCAGAAUGUCGUCGACGUACUGACAUGUUCACUGAGAGUCAAAUUGAAACAAUUUUCAUCAAUCUCGAAGAAUUACUUGAUUUUCAAUCAGAAUUCUUGAAGGAUCUUGAAGCGUGUAUUGAUUGGAAUUCACCGCAUAAAAGUUGCCUCGGUGAAUGUUUCCUUAGCCAUAGAAAUGGAUUCCGAAUGUAUUCCGAGUAUUGUAAUAGUCAUCCAAUGGCAACUGCGACAUUACAGGAACUUUAUCAAUACGAUCAGUAUGGACAAUUUUUUGAAGCUUGCCGUUUAAUGCGUGGACUGAUAGAAAUACCAUUAGAUGGCUAUUUACUCACACCGGUUCAAAGGAUAUGUAAAUAUCCAUUACAAUUGGCUGAGUUGCUCAAAUAUACAAAAGCCGAUCAUGCUGAUUAUCAAAAAAUUCAAGAAGCAUUAGAAGCAAUGCGUGGUGUCGCUGUUCUUAUUAAUGAAAGGAAACGACGAAUGGAGAGUCUUGAGAAACUUGCGGCCUGGCAACUACGAGUUGAAGGAUGGGAGGGUGAAGACCUGAUAGAAGUUUCUUCGCAAUUGAUUUAUCAGGGGGAAGCAAUGAGAGUAACGACAGGAAUGUGGACGAGUAACAUUGUUUUAUUUCUAUUUGAUCAUCAAUUGGUCUAUUGUAAAAAGGACCUUCUCAAAAGAAAUACAUAUGUUUAUAAGGGCCGCUUUUAUCUUGACACUAGUGAAGUGAUUGAUGUGCCCGAUGGAAAAGAUCAUCAGUUGGGUGUUACAGUGAGACAUUGUUUGAAAAUUUAUAGUUGCGUAAGGGAUAAAUGGCUUCUAUUUUGUUGUCGUACAUCAGAUGAAAAACGACAGUGGUUGGCUGCAAUGUCUGCUGAAAGACGACUCGUGGCUCAAGAUAGAAAUGAUGGAUUAGAAUUUCCAUCUGCCGCGCGACAAGUAGCUAAACUCGCAGCAAGUAGACAACGUUGCAGACCACCAUCGAAGCCAAGAAAUAAAGCAUACAAGCGAGAAUCAUCUUACGAUAUGCCGAUGUUACAAGCAGGUACAACUAAUUCUCUUGGUCGAAAAGUUGGUACAUGGUUCACUUUUGGUAGUAGUAAAAAAACUACACGUCCCCAACCGUCUUGAGCCAGGUCAACCUUCGUGCGGUACAUUGAUCUUUAAAAUGAUGGUACGAAGGUGAAAUUAAUUUUAAUAUUGCAAAACUUAUUUUUGCAUUUGUAUAUAAAAAUCAUGUUAUGAAAGUUUCGCUAAUCAGGAAACUUUACAAUUUCUCAAGAAUCUCAAAAAAAAGAGAGAAACAGAAAAAACUGUUUUAUCUCUGGAAAUACGAUAUUAUAAAUUUUCAUUUUUCGAUAUAAAAAUUCGAAUCUGAUAAACAAAGAAGAAAAAAAUCGAAAAUUUCCAAAUCUUGCCUAUUUAAAACUGAUGCUUUCUUGUAAAAGAAAAUGUUUCUAUUCUUUUACAUUAAAUGCACAGCUUGUUUUAUAUAUAUACAUUUGUUAUAUGUACAUGUUCUGUUACAUGUUUGUGAAAGUUUUUUGGGAGAAGCUUUUUCAUUCUUUUUUUUUUGUCUCAAUUUUCGAAUCACGCACAAGACUCUAUUUUCUUAAAAUGUAGCAUAAAAGAAAAAAAAAACAAUUUUAAAAGAAUCAGGAACUCACAAAAAUUUAAAGUUUAAAGAAAAAAAAUAAGGGACCUUUGGGUAAUGUAGAAAAAUAUUUUUUUUUUUUUAAUUUAAAUUAAACAAGAUCUACAAAUGUGGGAACAGAAGAAAAUGGUAAUUCUCAGGAUGCAUAUACUUCAACGAAUUGUGUCGCACUGCCUUUCCAAAAAAAAAAUCAAUUUCUGCAAACUUUACCACAAAGUUAUCAAAAAAAAAAAAAAUUUUUUUGUCAGUAAAAUUAGACAAUUGUUAAAAAAUAAAUAAUGUCCCUGCUUUAGAUAUGAUAAUAGAUGAAAAAUUUGUCUUUAAAUAUUAUUCGCCUACUUAAAUAGAACUUUUUAAUGAAAAAAGAUAUAUAUAUAUAGAAAAAACCGUUUUCUAGUAGUAGUAAUAGUAGUAAAGUUUCCUUACCAAAAAAAAAAAAA